AAAAUAAAUGACAAAAGUAUGUUACCCAAGAUUCAUAUAUUUGGCAUUGUAUCCUUAAUUGGGUGGUGAAUCCAUAGCACCGGAGGGUCAUGUGUAGGGAUGGGCAAGGGUCUAAGACCCAAUCCAAACCCUAUUGGAUCCUAUCCUUUUUUAAGGGUAAGGGUUUAUUUUUUUUGGACCCUAAGGGUUCGGGUCUAAAAUAUAUUAUAAGAUUCAGAGUCCGAGUCUACUCGGAUCCGACCCUUAGACCCUUUUUAUUUUUUAUAUUUUUAAAUUUUUUUGGGUUGGAGAGUAUAAUUUGUAAUAACCUUAUUCUGAAAACAGCACUCCUUUCCCUUCUCCAAAACCCGCCGCACAACCCACCACUACACAUACCCAACCCAGUCGCAGAACCCCAAUUAGCUUCUAAAGCCCGCGCCACCACUAAACCCGACACCACAGUGAAAAGUAUCAAACCCUAAUAUCCUAAAAUCCAAAUCCACCAAAUUUCUCCCUAAGUUUUAAUGAAUUGAUUUGGGGGUUGCUUUUCUUUGGAUUGUUUGGAUUCUAUUUUAUGGUAUUGGUCUGAAAUUUGUACGGAUUUCAAUGGAGGAAAUCGCAAGGUCAGAAUCGUUUUUUGAUUGGGGAAUUUUGAACCCAUCUUUUAUGGGUUGAUUAUGUACUAGUGCCUAAAGCUACAUCAAGGUCCUGAUCCAAUUUGGAGUAAGAUUUGGAAGCUUAAGGUUUCCCCCCAAACUCUGUGAGUUUGUUUGGCGCGUGUGUUGGGACAUAAUUCCCCAUGGAGUCAAUCUCAGCAAAAAAGGGAUUCCUGAUUUUGAGGCUUGCAAGCGUUGCGGGAAAAAGAGAGCUUAUUUCAUUUGAUUCGUGAUUGCUCUUGGGCCGUGAACUUUUGGAACCUGCCUGGAAUUGAGGCCCCUUGCUCUUUAUCUAAUUCUUUUCGGGAUAUGCUGGAUUGGUAUUUAAUUCAUAAAGGGAGGAAUGAAGCUGAAAAAUUUGCUACUCUUUGCUGGCAAAUUUGGAAGUCUAGGAACGAGGAGAUUUUUGAUCGAGUUGUUAUGCCUCCUCUUCUCAAUGUUCGAAGAGCUUUGGAUUGGUUGCUUGAUUACCAAUGUGCUCUGAUGUUUGAUCGUGGUCCUUCUGGGAAUGGGAGAUUGUUAGCGGCUUGGUCGUGUCCACCAGCUGAUGCCAUUAAGAUCAACUUUGAUGGAGCUGCUCACAAGGAAGAAGAUAAAUUCGGUCUGGGCUUCAUUGCUAGGGACUCGAUGGGUUCUUUUAUUUUGGCCGGUUCGAAAUCCGUUUGGCAUUGUGGGUCUGUUGAAGAAGCUAAAGGCCCGUGCCAUGUUUUGGACUUUUUCUGUUGCUAAAGAGCAGGGAUGGCGACAUGUUCUCUUUGAAGGUGAUUGCAAGGUAAUUAUCGACUCCAUGAAUGGCAAGAGCUCUCAAUGCUGUGUUGUUCAAUCUUUGCUGGACAAUACUGCCUCUCUUAGUUUUCAUUUUGAGUCUAUUUCCUUUGUAGUUUGUUAUCGAGAGUGUAAUGGUGCCGCUCAUAAGUUAGUCCGGUGGGCUGCCUCCGGUGUUAGUGAUGAGGUCUGGGUGGAUGUUGGCCCGACCUGGCUAAGGGACGCUUUGUACUCUGAUCUAAAUCAUUCUUAGUCUAGCUUUCGCUUUCUUUCAAAAAAAAAUAGUAUUAUUAAUACAACUCGUCUUGUAUGAGACCGUCUCACCAUGAGAUAAGCCCAUAUCAUAGCCCAUUCUUUAAAUGAUUAUUUUAAAAUCAUAAGUGAUCGUUUUAAGGUUAUAAGUAAUCACUCUAAGACUAUGAAAAGUGUUUAUUUUAAAAUUAUAAGUGAUCACUUUAAAACAAAUUGUAUAUUGGACUAGUCCAAUAGAGAUGGUCUCACCAUGAGACUGUCUCAUUUAAGAAUUAGUGUUAUUAAUUUAAAUUUCCUAUUAUAAUAAUCAUUUUAUUAAAAUAGACAUUAAAAUUUGAUUGAAACUUAUUUCUUCUUAUGGUA